AUGGGCACCAUACCUCAUGCAGCAUCCGAUUGGCUUUGGGCCGUCAUGGCCAUUCAUCUACCUGUUUUCGCCGUCUCAUUCCCCGUUCUGUCCCUCGUGCUCGGGCUGCUCUCCGGCGUCUCCUGGACCACCAACCUCACCAACAUGUUCCUCGCCGUCUUCUGGAUCGUCUCGUACCUCGCCGCCGCAUAUACAGCCACCAGCUACAGAUGGGGCUUCUUUGCCUUUGGCACCUUUGCCUGGCUCGUUCUCGCGGCGAGCACCCUGAACGAAAGCCGCGAGGCGGCCCAGAGCGCGCAGUUACAUGAUCUUGGCCGGGUGGUCAACGCCACCUGGCUUCUCUAUCCUCUCCCGUACGGCUUGAGCGGCGAUGGCGGACGCGUGAUUGGUACGACCAGCAUGUUUGUGUUUGUGGGCGUGCUCGACCUGGUGCAGGUGCCGCUGGUGUCUCUACUCUUCGCCGUCCUGUCGCGCCGAUGGGACUAUACAAAGCUGCACCUUGACUUCAGCGAGCACCGCUUCGCACACUGCUAA